CCGGCUGUCAGACUGCAGGUCUGCAGCGGACAGUCUUGGACCAAAAAGUAACGGAGGAGUUCACACACUCAGCACACCAAGGAAGUCCGGAAAUGUCUUUUAUAUUUAAUUGGAUUUACAAGAGCUUCAGCAGCGUCCUGCAGCUUUUAGGGUUGUACAAGAAGACUGGAAAGCUGGUUUUUCUCGGACUAGAUAAUGCUGGGAAAACAACACUCCUACAGAUGCUCAGAGACGAUAGGCUUGGACAGCACAUGCCUACACUAUAUCCAACUUCUGAGGAGCUGACCAUAGCUGGAAUGACGUUCAUCACAUUUGACCUCGGUGGUCACACACAAGCACGAAGGAUCUGGAAGAAUUACUUCCCAGCCAUAAAUGGCAUUGUCUACAUGGUGGAUUGUGCUGAUCAUGAACGACUAGGAGAGGCUAAAGCUGAACUUGAUGCCAUGUUAACAGAUGAAACCAUUUUCAACAUCCCAGUUCUCAUCCUGGGGAAUAAAAUAGACCGUCCAGAGGCCAUCAGUGAGGAUGCACUCAGAGGAAUGUUUGGUCUUCAUGGACAUACAACUGGAAAGGGCACAGUAUCUCUGAAGGAGCUGAAUCUGAGGCCAAUGGAGGUUUUCAUGUGUAGCGUGCUGAAGCGACAGGGAUACGGAGAUGGUUUCCGAUGGCUCUCCCAGUAUAUUGACUGAUUUAUUUUCUUCUUAAUACCCCAUAUCAGCUGUACCAUGCUGCCUGUGCACACUAGGACAUGUUCCACACAAAACUACCUGCAGUAAGCAUACACUGUAUGCAAUACUAUAUGUAGUACUUAUACUGACUAAAAAUACAGUAUGUUUUUAAUUUGUGUUCGCUUUAAUACUACCCUCUAUUCUUUAUGUGUUCAAAGAAAUCUGUGCUUUACUAGAGGAUGUCAAAAAUAAGUGAUGAUUUGUCAGUCUCUAUUUUUCAGAUUGAGUAUGGAGAAUGAUCUUCAUGCUGUACUUUGAAUUAAAGCCAAUAGGAGAUCCUAUCUCCCAUAUAGAGUAUGCUGUCGCCGUGAAGCAGUUUUUGAGCUGGUUUUAUAUUAGCCUGCUGGUAUUGACUUACAGCAAUGGGCAGUUUAACAAGUUAACACUGCAGGCUGGAGCAAUUCCAGUUCGUGUAAGGAUAAAACAUUUUUGUCAGCCAAGUCUUUAUAUUUUCAUCUUUUUCAAACUAAUGGAAAUCUUAAAGUGCCACCAAUUUGCCAUGAACAUAGUUUUUGAUCAUGGAAAUUGCUACAAAAAUGUUAUACCAUAUUCAAUACGGUGGUCUGCUACCUCCAUAAGCACUGACAUUUCUAUUCAUUGUGUGUAAUGAAAGGUUUACAGCUGCAGCCAGUUAUAUGAAUGUGACCACAAGCUUAUUAACUUGAGAUGCUUUCUUUAAUACCACACCAUGUCAGUUGCAGUACAUAACUUUUUCAUCACAGAAAUGUAAAUUAAGAAGCUCAUUGUUAUGCAAAAAGGAUGCCAAAUGACAUAUUUUUAUUCUUUUUUUUGUCAUUGGUUUCUGCUGUGAAGUAACUUAAGUACUUUGUGAUUAGUUACUGCUCACGAUCUGCAGUGAUAUUAUGAGAGUACUUGAGUGGUGCUUGAUAGUGAAGCAUGCAAAGCAUUUACAUAAAAUUACAGUGCAAUAUUAUUCUUUUAUGUCAUAUUUAAGAUGUUAUUUAUAUUUUUUUUGCAGUAACGUAUUCUUGCCUCAUGUUACAUAAAUGAAUGAGAUAUGAAUUAAAGUAUAUGUUACAAAAGGUUUCUAUUUGACACGAGUGAUACAGUAGCAUAAUAAAUGUUUUCAACAGUCCUUAAAACCAUUCUUAUG